AUGCGGGCGUCAUCCUCCAAAGCUGUCAUAGCGCCCCCGAGAGCGCCGCCCGUGGCUGUGGGGCCGGGGCUCAUCCUGUACAGUGCGGCAGGUCCCGAGGGCCUCACUCCGCCGCACUCCUCCCAACAGCAGUAUCCUCAGCCUCACCGUCAGCCACCUCCCGACGGCAACCUAGGCGUCAGCCUGUUCCAGGACCCAGGCCCCAAGCUGCCCAUGCCGGCGGCUAUGGCCGCCACAGCAAGAGUCUUGCAGUCCCGGCAGCUGCAGGCGAUCCAGCGUCACGCACCACCACAGCACCCGCCGCAGGUUAAGACGGUUGCGCUCCCAAGCGCACAGUCGAUGUCCAAAACGUCGGUCCCGGGUGUCGGCCCACAGGCACAUCUCCAAACCGCCAUACCGUCAUCGGACCAAACCCCGAGCGCUGGCGCUGAGAUCCAUCAGCAGCCUGAACAGCAGCGACAGCAGCGGCAUGCGCACCACUGCGCCACAGAGAUCUCAGGCCCACGGGUCUGUUCCGCAACGAAUGCAGACAACGGCUCUCAGGGGCUGCAGCACAAGCUAGGGCGUCUCAUGUUGCCGCAGCGACAACAGCAAGAAGGAUCGCCGCCCCAGCAGAAGCGGCAGCGGCAAAUGGAGUCCGCUGCUGUCCGUUGCACUUCAACCUCACAGCCUGCAGCCUCUCCUCCGCUGUGCCCCGUGUUGCAUGGAGGUGUGUCGCUGCCCGUUGCGGCUGCGGUGCCUAGUGCUACUAAGUCGUCCGGGCGCACGUCCGCGGACCCUAUCGCUGGAUCCGCCCCUCGAAGUGCUAAGGGAUCCGAGGCAGCAGAGCGCUGGGCGCUAGCGCAACUAUAUCUCCCCAUGGAACCCCAUUGUUCCGGACGGCAAGGCGGUGGUGCUGCAAAGUCACUCCAGGGUGUGGGUACGUACCCAGGUAGCGGUGUGGAGGACUGCACCGCACCGACGGCGAGCAGCGAGGGCGCGCGGGCUGGUGUGGCCGUGACGCUGUUCGCCGCACAGCGCGGUGUCCUCAAACGGUGCCGCGCGUGGGGCGGGGAGCUCGGCGCGGCCGCCGUUAAUGGCAGCCAGCCCUGCCAAACAACCGAACCCUCGGCCCGUGGAGCGCAGUGCCGGCAACCAAGUCAGCUUCACGAGCGGUGGAAAAGUGCAUGCUGGGCGGACGGGCAAACGCUGUACACUGCGGCUGCUUCUGCACUGCCCGUGGACUGUAGCUUCCGAUCUCUGAGGAACACCGCCGUAGCUACCACCGCUGCACACGCGACCGGCACCGUCGCCGUGGGCGGCGGCGCUGGUGCAGCGCAUCAGUCCCACGGAGUGGCAGAACCUGACGCCGCUGCGGGGCUGGUGGCGGCUGCGGUUGUGACAUCAGGCCAGGGUGGGGGAGCGGAGGUUAUAGUUGGGGCUGCCUUGCACCGCACGCUAGCAGCCAUACCUGCUGGUGAUAGUGAUGGAAGGGAUCAGCGCCGGCGCAGCAACGGCCAGCAUUGCCCGGACGAGCUCCCAGCAACGCAACGCUAUCCUGGAGGUGGCGGAGACACGAGUGGCGAUAAUGCAACGGGCGCUGCGUCGUUGCUGGAUGACCCGCGCAACUAUGAGACGCCGGAGCUACUGGCCCAGCUUUUGUACGAUAAUGCGUCCCGCACGGCGGAGCGCGGCGGCACAACGGCAAUUGGAGCUGCUGGGCAGGAUGCACAGCAUCCCGCAUCCGGAGCAGCACCACGCAGCCAGCCGGGAGCAACGGAGCGGAACACGGGGCCCGCAAACAUGGGCGCUUGGGGAUCGGUUGCGGGAGCAGCUGCUGGCAUUGCUAACGGCGUAGGUGCUGGUGACGUUGCUGCGGGUGGGGAUGAUGGGAAUGGUAGCGGCAGUGUGCGGGUGCCUCGCGAGCAGCGACUGGCUCGCCUGCGGGCCCUACGGGAGGAGGUGGCUGCAACGGAGCAGCUGCUGAAGACCCUACGGCGCAUGGUGGCUGAAGAGGAGGCGGCGCUGGAGGCCUCAGCUCCGACGGUUAUGGCUGCCGCAGGCGGCGGUGGAAACCGAGCUGGGUCUUUACCACCGCAGGCUGUAGUGGCACGUCAGGCACAGGCAGCCGAAGCCAGCAUCCACCCGCACACACACGGCUGGGAGCAGGGGCCACAGAUGCGCGCGGCGGGGGAACGGAACCGCGGGUCUGCGCAGCGGCCACUAGGGGCAGACCCCUCUUCAGUGGCCGGUAGGGGUUGUGGUCCUUACCGGGGGCGGUCUCCCGAGUUGGAGCAUCUGCCCACUCAGCAGUGGGACUCGGGCUUGAUGCUGACGGAGCGCCUAGAUAUGCUGGCAUGA